AUGCAAGUUCUUGUACUGGGCGGCCACGGCAAAGUCGCCCGCUACCUGACGCCGCUGCUCCUCAAUCGCGCCUGGAAUGUUACCAGCGUGGUCCGCAAGGCCGAGCACGAGGAUGAUAUUAUGAGUUUGGGAGAAGGCCGUAAGGGCAAAGUGAACGUGCUGGUCUCGAGUCUGGACCAGGUAAAGAGUGCGUCUGACGCGCAGAAGAUCCUGGAUACCGUGUCGCCGGACUAUGUCGUUUGGUCAGCGGGAGCUGGCGGUAAAGGUGGUCCAGAAUCCACAAUCGCCGUCGACCAAGAGGCUGCAAAACACUUCCUCAGCGCAUCAUUCGCCUCAGCGUACGUGACCGAGCUGGAUGGUGAUGCGCCUGCGACGCGGAAAGUGCAACUGGGCAGAACGGCCGGUAGGGGCGGCGUGACCCGUGAGGAUGUGGCUAUUGUUGCGGAUCAGUUGCUUGCCUCGGCUGAUGCGAAAGGGUGGAUUGACCUUAUUAAUGGCGAUAUGCCUGUUGAGGUGGCAGUUGAGAAGGUCGGCAACGGGAAGUAUGAUGCUGUUGAGGGGGAGGAUGUUGAGGGCAUGGUUAGGAGAUUCUUCCCUUAG